CUGGGAUUCUGGCCCAAAAGAAAAAAAAAAUGACACAAGCAGAUCUCCAACGAGCGGCCGACCUCCUCGACGCCCAACACAAAGCCGUCGCCCUCUUCGCCGAAAUCCAACAGUCGCUGAUCCGUCCCGGCAUCACCGAGAAAGCCCUCAGCAACGAAAUCCAUCGCCUGGCCGCCGAGCGCUACGGCGUCCAAACCCACUGGCACAAACAGGUGAUCCGCAGCGGGCCCAACACUCUGCGCCCCUUUGCCGAGAACCCUCCGGACCGCGUCAUCCAGCCCGACGAUAUCCUGUACGUGGAUCUCGGCCCCGUGUUCGAAGCCUGGGAGGCCGACUUUGGCCGCACGUUUGUGCUCGGCGACGACCCGCGCAAGCACCAGCUGCGGGACUCGCUCGAGCCGAUCUUUCAUGCCGUGAGGGCCCGCUUUCUGGAAUCCCCCGAGGACGUGACGGGGGAAGAGCUGUUCGAGUUUGCGGUGGCGGCGGCCCAGGAGGCGGGGUGGGUAUGGGGCGCCGAGAUUGCGGGACACAUUGUGGGUUCUUUCCCCCACGAGCGGAUUCCGCAGGAUAAAACCACGCUGUACAUCACGAGGGGCAAUCGCGAGCCCAUGCGGCGGCCGGGGAAGGAUGGCUUGAAGAGGCAUUGGAUCUUGGAGAUUCAUUUGCAUGAUCUGGAGAAUGGGUUUGGGGGGUUUUACGAACAGCUUUUGACGGUGGAGUAGAGUCCCGCAACUCAGGAAGGCCAUGCUUCUUAUAUAUUGUAUCUAUCAUGACUGCCGUGGUUGUGGCCUUCACCCACCAUCUAUCAAUCUACCAAUCAACGUUUCCUCGAUCUUCUUGACACUUCCAUUCCUCGCAAAUUGGAGUGGGCCUCCUCACUAACUGCAUUCUUGCCCGCCUCUACUACCGUCCCUGAACCAGAAGAUACCUUCCUUUCCUUAUGGCUAACAGACUCUUUCCCCGCCGGUUUCCCAGUCUCCCAGUCUCCCAGUCUCC